GCAGGGGAUCCAAGGUGUCUUUUGGUUGUACAGGAAAAUCUUUGCAAAGUUGAUAAAAUCCUGACGAGAAUUAUCGAAUUUUGGUCGUCCAUGGCUGCCGUUGCACAAGAUCUUAUUGAGAAUGGCAAAACCCUUCCUGAAAUUCUUACCGAUCUUGGUCCCGAACAUAUGGCAAAAAUGCCAGAAGAGAUGAAAACAGAAUUGAACGGAAUGGUCCAAAACUGCAUUCUUGAAAUUGAAAAGGGUUGGAAUCUUGUUGGGGGCAUAUGCUUUGUCUACAUACGCGACAACGAUAUCCGUUUGCAGCGAGACUACGAGUUCUUGUCCACACCUAUUGACCAGAUGGCGCAAGCUGAUAGAAGAACAAGAGAGUCGAAACUUCUCACGUUGAUGGAGCAGGAGGUUGAAAAAAACCUAUGCCAUUGAAGCUGCACCCAAGAAAGAGAAAGAUAUGUGAUUUUCACCUUAUAGGUGAACACAAUUUUAAAAUAUGAAAUAUUUUUUUUCAAAGUUAUACCCCUAACGUUUUUUGAUAAACUAUUUUUUGUAUAAUAUCGUUGUAAUCGGUUGUGGUGUUUUCUUGUAUGUAUUUAGUUGUGUGUCUGCAGUGCUCAAAUCUUUGUGUCUUUAAACAAUUUCGUUGUUAGAUUUUGGCUGAUUGCCUUGCCCCAAACAUUUAAGUGUGUUACUCAAAGAAUAAUGUACCGCUGGUGUAAAUAAACUGCUGACCGUUUAUAAGAAAUUGGAACAAAUUCGUGGAUAUAAAGUGGUGUAAAAGCGGAAACGUCCUUAAAGGCAUGAACAUGUGGACAUGUUUGAUUGUAAUUUUAAAUACUAAAAAACGUCCAGGGAUUUAGGCGUUUUUCCUUCAAACCUCUAUAUUCAAAACACAUGAAUUGAAUGAUAAUGUAUAUAU